AUUCAGGUUUCAUACUAAAAUUUUUUCAAUUCCUAAACACAUCGAAGUCUAGAUUUAAUUUCAUUUAAAGCUGAAUCAUGGAGUAGAAUUAGUAAAUCCCCCCGAGAAUUAUUUAAUAAGAAAGCGAUUUAAUGUUGGCUGGCAAUUCCAAGCAGCAGCAUGAGGACAAAACGAAUGAGACUUAAAUAAUUUUAGUGUGAAAGAAAAAUAAGGAAAAAACAAAAAAAUUUAUGAUAAAUAUAAAACAGAGCAGCAAAGUUUUUAUCUUGCUAUCUUUAUUAAUUUUUGUCGACGCGUUUAACAUAGAAUGGCUAUGAAAAUGGCACCACGACAUAGAAGUAUGAGAAAGUGGCAACUAUUUCCUGGGCGCAACAAAUUCUACUGUAAUGGUUACCUGAUCACUGCGCCCAAUUCCAGCAUCUUUUACCUCACUGUCGUUCUAAUUACUGGAACAAGUGGACUUUUCUUCGCUUUCGAUUGUCCUUUCCUUGCUGAACGCAUAACUUUGGGCAUUCCAAUAAUUGGUGGCAUUUUAUACACUUUUACGAUGUGCGCUCUACUCCGAACAUCAUUCAGUGACCCCGGAAUUAUUCCGAGAGCAUCACAAGAUGAAGCAGCUUAUAUUGAGAAACAAAUUGAGGUUCCUAAUGCGCUUAACAGUCCCACCUAUCGUCCCCCACCCAGGACGAAGGAAGUAUUAGUUAGAGGACAAACUGUGAAGCUAAAAUAUUGCUUCACAUGCAAAAUAUUUCGACCACCACGCGCAUCACAUUGCAGUCUUUGUGAUAAUUGCGUUGAUAGAUUUGAUCAUCACUGCCCAUGGGUCGGCAAUUGUGUUGGUCGUCGGAAUUAUAGAUUUUUCUACAUGUUCAUCGUUUCCUUAGCUUUUCUAGCAGUUUUUGUAUUUGCAUGCGCUCUCACACAUCUUGUUUUAUUACAAACUGAAACGAGAGACAUCCUUGAUGUUAUACGAAUGUCGCCAUUUAGUGUUGUUGUGUCAGCAAUUUGCUUCUUAUCAGUAUGGUCUGUGAUAGGACUUGCAGGCUUUCACACAUAUUUAACAUCAAGUGAUCAAACCACAAACGAAGAUAUCAAAGGAUCGUUUUCAUCAAAAGGUGGACAAUCAUCAACGAAUCCGUAUUCACGCGGAAAUAUUUGCUUGAACUGCUUUUACAUCUUAUGCGGUCCACUUCAGCCUUCAUUGAUUGACAGACGUGGCAUCGUCACUGAAGAAUAUCGACAACAAAUGCAAACUGAUGAUAAAAUCAAUGGAAUGCCAACACCGCCGAUGGUCGUUCAACCAAUCGGGGGAAAUGCAAACAACGAUCCUUCAAAAGUCUACAACCAUAUCAACGUCGAAAUUCCACCGAGUACCAGCGACAACCACAUGCAAGGUUUAUAUCGUCAACGCAGCUAUGACAACCUUCAAAACGAUAAAUCAUCUUCAUCUGUGUCACAUUUAGUUGAGAAUGAGCUUCCACUCGCUUCUGUUGUCGUGCCGUCCACAUCAACGAUAGAUAAACGAAUACGAGUGUCGCAAAGCAGCAUAAGAGAUGCACAAAUGCCACGUGAUUUAAAUGAAAUUGUGUCGGAAGAUGAACACAGAAAAUCAAUGACAGGGAGUUAUAAUAAUUUAUUAGUUGCUGAUCAGCCGGUGAAGGUAAAUGAAGAGAAAACAUCGCAAGAUGUGUCACAAAAUGUUUAUAGUAACAUUCCGCCAACAUCUCCAAGUGUUCCAAUAAUUCUUAAGAACGCUGCAGCUGAUCAUGUUUAUAGUAACAUUGAUGAGACUAUAAAAGCUGCAAAUGGUUACAUGAGUGACAACCUCGACUUGGAUCUUGAUGAUCCACUUUUGACAUCGUCGUUUAUCAAGAAGAAAGAGAAAAUUAAUAACAACAGCAACAACCAUCAAAAUAUUUACAACACUUCAUCAACUGAUUCAUCGCAACCAGUAAAUAAAUCCAUUUUACCAUCUGUUAGUUCAUCUUCAUCAACAACUGGGACACAAAUCACUUCGAUAGAGUUGAAGAAUGUUCUUAAUGUUGCAAUUCAAAAGUCAAAUCAUGCACCAGUUGAGGAAAAGCCGUCGAAUGUUCCGGCAACUCUUCGACAAAACACAAUGAUUGAUACCGCAUUAGAUCUUGAUUCUUUAGAUGGUUCAAGCAUUGGUAACAAUUCACAAGUUGGUUUAGUGUCUAACAAGACUGCAAUCGUAUGAUAGUGGACGGUUAGUUAAUUUAAUUCAUGAUUUCGAUUUUAUUAUUACCGAUGAUCAUCUUUAAGAGAAUUUGUCUUCCUUCCCUUUUUUAAUUAGAAUUGUCUGUGUACAUUAAUAUUAUGUACACAUAAAACAUAAAACAUUUCAUAUUUUGUAUAUAAAAAUAUUUGUAUAUCUAAAGAAUUCAUGCACUGUUUCAAACAUGUUAAUAGAAUUUAUAUUUUCUUCACCUAAUUACUAAGCUUAUCUAACAACAUUUUAAAUAUUAAAUAAACUUUACUGAAAAAGCUGAUCAAAAAUAACGCCAGAAGAAAACAAACAAACGUAAUUAUUGACAACAAAUCACAUUAAUUGUUUAAAAAUAAAGUUUUUGAAGUUUAAGCU